UUCGGUGACGUCACAUAGAGCCCGGACCCGGCGUAGUGGCGCUGUGUGUGUUUGGCAACAACAAAAAGAGUGUUUUGAGAAUAGUUUUAACUGCAUUUUCACCCGCGGUAUUUUAAGGGACAUUAUCACAGGCGUUAGAUGGUGGCGAUGACUCCGCCGCUACUGCUGUCCGUUGGAGGAAGAGGAAGAGGAAGGAGGUGAUGAUGAUGAUGACAUGCAGUUAGCUAGCUGGCUGCCUCUCUUGCUGGACAGACGGACUUGAGCCCGCAGAGUGUCGGAGGUGUCACCGCGAAAACAGCACAGGAUCCGUGCUGAAGAGAGGCGAAGAUGCCGCGGAGAAAACAAUCCAACCCGCAGCCGGUGAAACUGGACUUUGAGGAUGGGGCAGUGGUGUGUGAGCCGGGCUGUCUCGUUUUGGACAGCGACUUCCUGCUGAGCGGCGAGCUGGAGUUUGGAGACUCGGAGAUCAUGGGACUGGAUAGAGAGUCUGGUAUGACUGUCUUCUCUCUAAGUGUGGAGGACGACUCGUCAGCACCGACAGACUCCACCUUCCCAGCGUUCCUCUCCUGUAAGGGAUGUGGUCAGCUUCUGGGAGACACACCUUUGGGGGCAGGCUUAGAUCUUGGUGUAGGACUCGACCUAGGGGCAGAGCUUUAUUGUCUCUCCUGUGAGGAGGGCCUCCAGCAUGGCACCUCCAUCGACUCCUCUCAGUUGGACGGUUCCAACCUAUCCGAUAGAUCCCUCGGCGGCAGCUCCAAAAAUAAGAGGAGAAACGUAGACAAAGCCAGCGGUGUUGCGGACCCCGCCCCUAAACUGUACUCCUGUUCGCUGUGCACCUUUACCUCGCGCUACUCCAACCAUCUCAAACGCCACAUGCGGACCCAUGACGGCCAGAAGCCGUACCGCUGCCCCGUCUGCCCCUACGCCUCAGCCCAGCUCGUCAACCUGCAGCGCCACGCCCGCACACACACCGGGGAGAAACCGUACAGGUGCCACCAGUGCAGCUACGCCUGCAGCUCCCUCGGCAACCUGCGCAGACACCAGCGCAUGCACACGCAGGAGAGACCGCAGAGGAGGGAGAAGGAGAAAAGACGGGGAAGACGGAAAAAGGCAAACAGUGAUGCUGAAGAAGUCAUGUCAGACCUGACCCUACGAGUGUCCCAGGACUCUGCUUACCUCCAGACGUUGGGAGGACUCGGCUCCCCCUCCGGCCCCCUUCCAGUCCUCCUCUUCCCGCUCUGCUGCCGGGUGUGCGGCCUCACCCUGGAGGAGUCUGACCUAGAGGGCGACAGGGCAGAGGGAGAGGUGGAGGGCGAUGGAGGACAGGUUUGCCGCCGUUGCUCCAAAGACAACUCAAGGGCUCCCUGCAGCAGGGACGUGUCUCGGGGAUCCCGGCGCGGUCAGCGCAGCAACAAGCUGUACCGCUGCCCUCACUGCCCCUUCCUGUCCCACUACCCCAACCAUCUGGCCCGCCACUCCCACGUCCACUCAGAGGAGAAGCCUCACCGCUGCCCGCACUGCCCCUACACCUCCUCACAUCUCGACAACCUCAAGCGGCACCUGCGUGUGCACACAGGCGAGAAGCCUUACCAGUGCCCGUCGUGCAGCUACGCCUGCGGGAACUUGGCUAACCUGCGACGUCACGAGCGCAUCCACUCGGGCGCCAAGCCGUUCCACUGUUCCAUCUGCGGCUACUCCUGCAACCAGAGCAUGAACCUGAAGAGGCACAUGCUGCGGCACACGGGCGAGAAGCCGUACGCAUGCGGCGAGUGCGGCUACACCACGGGCCACUGGGACAACUACAAACGCCACCAGAGGAAGCAUGGGCACAACACGGACAGCUGGGACAAACACGCGCCCAUCAACGGCCUCGGCUGGGGGCAAGACACUCAGGAGAGCCAGAGUCAGGGACAGGAGCACUCUUAGAUACUGUGUGUGUGUGUGUGUGUG